GUCCUCCUUGCUUCCCCCCUCCAUCCAGGUUGAAGACUCUGACUUUCUGAGGACCCAAAGCUCGCCCUCCGCCGGACCCCGAGUGCUCAGCAAAACACGAUCGACGCACCGGUGAUUGCCGCAGCGCAGAUUAGAUCUCAUCAGGUCCGUUCAGGACACGACUCAUAGCACUCCCGCCCGCCACCGCCUCCCUCGAGACGAACCAGGCCAGACACGCGAUCCAAUCAAAAUACCUCCUCUUUACCGCAAAUGUCGGGCCCAAACAGCCAGCCUAUAAGUAACUGCCCGACGUGUCUGUUCGGUGCACACUCUGCUCGGACGUCCCCCCACUCGGAACACUCUACAUCCACCACCACGAGCAAUAUGUCUUCGUCGUCGACCAACAAUGACUGGUCCCCCUCGUCGUGGAGGACUAAGCCGAUCGCGCAGGACGUCGUCUACCCCGACCAAGAUCAUCUGGAAAACGUCUUGAAGAAGGUCUCCAAGCUCCCCCCUCUCGUCACUCCUGGAGAGAUCGAGCGUCUACGCUACCAGCUUGGCAAGGUCCAGCAGAACGAGGCCUUCCUCCUACAUGCUGGCGACUGCGCCGAGAGCUUCGACGCAUGCAACCAGGAAGCUAUCGCGCACAAGCUCGGCCUCAUUCUCUCCUUCUCCCUCAUUCUCGUCUGGGGUUCUCGUAUGCCGGUUGUCCGUAUUGGUCGCAUCGCAGGUCAGUACGCGAAGCCGCGCAGCAGCGCCACCGAGAAGAUCGGUGAUCGGGAAGUCGUCAGCUUCAGGGGCGACAACGUCAAUGGCCUCGACCCCGACGACCGCACGCCCAAUCCCGAGCGUAUGCUCAGCGCCUACUUCCACUCCAGCACCACCCUCAACUACCUCCGCGGUCUCCUUUCCUCCGGUUUCGCCUCCCUCCACCUCAACCAGCCCCGCGACUGGUCCCUCGGCCACGUUCAGAGUCCCGCCCUCCGCCAAGAGUUCGAAAACAUCCUCGAUGGCUUGUCCGACGCGCUCGAGUUCAGCCGCACCAUCGGCCACGACAGCAGCAAGUCCUUCGAGCACGGCGGCGGGCACGACCCGCUCGGCGAGGUCGACCUCUACACCUCGCACGAGGGGCUCAUGCUCCCCUACGAGGAGGCGCUCACGCGCGAGUUCCCCGUCCCCUCGGGCGCGCACGUCCCGUCGGGCAAGCCCCUCGGCAAGGCGCACUACAACACCUCCGCGCACUUCCUGUGGAUCGGCGACCGCACACGGCAGCUCACGCAUGCGCAUGUCGAGUACUUCCGCGGCAUCCGCAACCCGAUCGGGUGCAAGGUCGGCCCGUCGAUGCAGGGCGAGGAGCUGGUGCGCUUGUUGGAUAUUGUGAACCCGGAUAAGGAGCUGGGGCGGGUGACGCUCAUCACUCGCUACGGCGCGGCGAAGGUCGAGGAGUUCUUGCCUGGCCAUAUCGCGGCGGUGAAGGCGUCGGGACACCCCGUCGCCUGGGUGUGUGACCCCAUGCACGGCAACACCCACACCUCCGCCUCCGGUCUCAAGACGCGCAGCUUCGGCACCAUCAUCUCUGAGCUCACCUCGUGCAUCCGCAUCCACGCCGAGAACAACUCCCGCCUCGGCGGCGUCUCGCUCGAGUUCACCGGCGAGCUCGACGACAAGGGCUUCUCCGUCACCGAGUGCGUCGGCGGCUCGAUGGAGCUCUGCGAGUCGAACCUGCCGCUGCGCUACCAGUCCUUCUGCGACCCGCGCCUCAACUUCGAGCAGUCCCUCGACCUCGCGUUCCUCAUCUCGAACCACUACAAGCAGGAGCGCCGCGCGCGCCGCAGGGGCAAGAAGAACGCGUACGAGGAGGACACGCUGUACUCGGCGCUAGGCGGGAUUCAGAGCCGCUCCGGUUCCAGGAUCGCGUCGCGCGCGGGCACGCCGCCCAAGGCCUAAAGCCGCAUUCGGGCGACGCGGUCAUCUUUGGAUCGCGGGUGGUUGUGGUGGGUGGUGAUGUCUGCAUGUGUGGCCAUAGGGCCAGAACCAAAAGUCGAUUGCGACACUUGGGAUCUAUUACUGUAAAAGCUAUAAGUAAACCGUAGUCAGCUAUGCUAUCUCGUAUUUAUGCACUUCUGUAAUAGUACACGCACCUAGAAUGGCAUCUAUAUAUUCAGAUUACUUGCCAAGGGCUGGGACGGAGGAACUAACGCGGU